AGCUCUCCCAGCGAAGUGAUAUUACCGCCUCCGUGGACAGGACAUCCCCAGGAGUCCAGCUCACAGCCACUGGUACCUUCUUCCAGGACCAGCCAGGGGCCUCCAUGGGCGCCUGAGGGCCAGGCGCCAGGGCCGCGGGCACGAGCAUGGUGAGACACCAGCCCCUGCAGUACUAUGAGCCACAGCUGUGCCUCUCCUGCCUCACGGGUAUCUACGGCUGCCGUUGGAAGCGGUACCAGCGCUCCCAUGAUGACACCACGCCGUGGGAACGCCUCUGGUUCCUGCUCCUCACCUUCACCUUCGGCCUCACACUUACCUGGCUCUACUUCUGGUGGGAAGUCCAUAAUGACUAUGAUGAAUUCAACUGGUACCUCUACAACCGCAUGGGCUACUGGAGCGACUGGCCGGUGCCCAUCCUGGUGACCACAGCCGCCGCCUUCACGUACAUUGCGGGCCUCCUGGUCCUGGCACUAUGUCACAUCGCCGUGGGGCAGCAGAUGAACCUGCACUGGCUGCACAAGAUGGGGCUGGUGGUCAUCCUGGCCUCCACAGUGGUGGCCAUGUCAGCCGUGGCCCAGCUGUGGGAGGAUGAGUGGGAGGUGCUGCUGAUCUCCCUGCAGGGCACAGCGCCGUUCCUGCAUGUGGGGGCCCUGGCUGCAGUCACUGUGCUCUCCUGGAUCGUGGCAGGACAGUUUGCCCGCGCAGAGCGGUCCUCCUCCCAGGUGACCAUUCUCUGCACUUUCUUCGCCGUGGUGUUCGCCCUCUACCUGGUCCCUCUCACCAUCUCCUCGCCCUGCAUCAUGGAGAAAAAGGACCUAGGCCCCAGGCCCGCCCUCAUUGGCCACCGCGGGGCCCCCAUGCUGGCUCCAGAGCACACGCUCAUGUCCUUCCGGAAGGCUCUAGAGCAGAAGCUAUACGGGCUCCAGGUGGACAUCACCAUCAGCCUGGACGGCGUGCCCUUCCUCAUGCAUGAUGUCACCCUGCGGCGCACCACCAACGUGGAGGAGGAGUUCCCGGAGCUGGCCCGCAGGCCCGCCGCCAUGCUCAACUGGACUCUGCUGCAGAGGCUCAACGCCGGCCAGUGGUUCCUGAAGACGGACCCCUUCUGGACAGCCAGCUCCCUGUCCCCGUCCGACCACAGAGAGGCCCAGAACCAGUCCAUCUGCAGCCUGGCGGAGCUCCUGGAGCUGGCCAAGGGCAACGCCACGCUGCUGCUCAACCUGCGUGACCCGCCCCGGGAGCACCCUUACCGCAGCAGCUUCCUCAACGUCACUCUGGAGGCCGUGCUGCGCUCCGGCUUCCCCCAGCACCAGGUCCUGUGGCUGCCCAGCCGGCAGAGGCCCCUGGUGCGGAAGGUGGCCCCCGGCUUCCAGCAGAUGUCAGGCUCCAAGGAGGCAGUGGCCAGCCUGCGGAGGGGCCACAUCCAGCGGCUGAACCUGCGCUAUACUCAGGUGUCCCGUCAGGAGCUCAGGGACUAUGCGUCCUGGAAUCUGAGUGUGAAUCUCUACACUGUCAACGCGCCAUGGCUCUACUCCCUGCUGUGGUGCGCAGGGGUCCCGUCUGUCACCUCCGACAACUCCCAUACCCUGUCCCAGGUGCCUUCCCCGCUCUGGAUCAUGCCCCCGGACGAGUACUGUCUCAUGUGGGUCACUGCCGACCUGAUCUCCUUCACCCUCAUCGUCGGCAUCUUCGUGUUCCAGAACUAUCACUUGAUCAGGUGGCGCCUGGGUGGCAUCCGGAGCUACAACCCUGAACAGAUCAUGCUGAGCGCCGCCGUGCGCCGGACCAGCCGGGACGUCAGCAUCAUGAAGGAGAAGCUCAUCUUCUCAGAGAUCAGUGAUGGCGUGGAGGUCUCCGAUGAGUUCUCUGUAUGUUCAGACAACAGUUACGACACAUAUGCCAAUAGCACCAUCACCCCUGUGGGCCCCCGAAGAGGUGGCAGCAGCACCAAGACCCUCACAGACCGGAGUGGGCGUUAGCUGAAGACUUGUCUGUCCCAGCCCAUACCUGACGUAGAAGCCAGGAGCCCCGAAGAGCUGGCAAGAACGUGUCUGGACUUGGAGUGCUCUGGGAGCUGGCUCCACCGCCUCCUCGUGGGCUUCGGCCCCUUGUCAGCCACAGCCUCUUUGUGGAGAGGGCUUCUUUCUCCCCUGAGGCCCAACUGGGUCAGGACUCUGGCCUCUCAGAUGCCCCUGCAGGCCUGGGGCUCCUUCUGGGAUGUGUGAGGCCUGGGGCCUGAUCCCCCUCCCAAGGCCCUCCCCUACAUCCUGACCUGGAAACUUUGAUGGGCCACAGGGCCAUGCCAUGCCCCUUGUGUCAGUAGAGGAUGUGGAUGGUCACCCGUGCCCUCAUGUGUCUGUCCCGUCCAUGCCGUGAGGCACCAGACUUUUCUGUUGUUAUUUUGUUCAAAGAGUCUGGACCGGGCCUCUCCAAAGCAGUGCUGCUCUUCUGUCGGUCACAAAGUACAAGGAGGUCGGCCCAGGAAAGACAGCUCUGGUGAUGGAGACACAACCUCCUCCCCACCCAGCCUUCCACCACUGCUGGCCCUUGACCCUGAGCUGUGUCCCCUGGGAACAGCUGGAGAUAGCCAGAAACACAAGCACAGAGCUGCUUGGUCUCAUACCCAGGUGUCCCACGCACAGGUCUCUAGGGCAGAAGUGAUCCUGUGACCCCAGAGACUCAGACUGAUGCAACCUCAGGUUCCCACAUUGGUGGCCACAGGGUAGGGGCCACUGGGGAAAAAUAUUCUGGGCACUGUCAACGGUGGGUGUGUGGCUAAGUAGGCCAGCGGCAGAAGGAGCUCAAGGGCCUUGGCCAAGAUGAUUAAAGCUGCCAUCUCAAUGUG